AUGGCUUCUCCGCAAAAAGGAGAUCUAUCCGCCGAAGAAAAGGAAUUACUGCAGGUUAUCGCCGCAGGGAAUGUUGUAGAAGCCUCACGGUUACUGGGUUGCAGGAAUGUACGAGUCAACUGUCUGGACGAGUAUGGCAUGAGUCCCCUCAUGCAUGCUGCCUACAAAGGGAAGGCAGACAUGUGCAGGCUGCUGCUCCAACACGGCGCUGACGUGAACUGCAACCAGCACGAGCAUGGCUACACCGCCCUCAUGUUCGCCGGGCUGUCAGGUAAGAAGGACAUCACCUGGAUGAUGCUGGACGCUGGGGCGGAGACAGACGUGGUGAACUCCGUCGGCCGGACCGCAGCUCAGAUGGCAGCUUUUGUAGGCCAGCAUGACUGUGUGACAGUGAUCAACAACUUCUUCUCCCGGGCGCGGCUGGAGUAUUACACCCGUCCCCAGGGGCUGGAGAGGGAGCCCAAACUGCCCCCGAAGCUGGCGGGACCCCUCCACAGGAUCAUCAUGACCACCAACCUCAACCCCGUCAAGAUGGUGAUGUUGGUGAAAGAGAGCCCCCUGCUGGUGGACGUGGAUGCCCUGGAGAAGUGCUACAGGGUGAUGGAUCUGAUCUGUGAGCAAUGUGUGAAGCAGCAGGACAUGAACGAGGUGCUGGCCAUGAAGAUGCACUACAUCAGCUGUGUUCUGCAGAAGUGCCUGUCCUUCCUGCAGGAGCACGACGACAAGCUUGACGACCUCGUCAAGAGCUUGCUGAAGGGGCGUGAUGGUGAUGGCUUUCCGCAGUACCAGGAGAAGUUUAUCCGCGAGUGCAUCCGGAAGUUUCCGUACUGCGAAGCGACCCUGCUGCAGCAGCUGGUCAGGAGCAUCGCCCCUGUGGAGAUAGGAAACGACCCCACGGCCUUCUCGGUUCUGACCCAGGCUCUCUCGGGACAGAUGGGCUUCACAGACGCUGAGUUCUGCACUACCUGCGGGGACAAAGGGGCAGACAAGAGGUGCUCCAUCUGCAAAAUGGUGCUUUACUGCGGUCAGGCGUGUCAGAAACUGCACUGGUUCACGCACAAGCGGGUGUGCAGGAUUCUCCAGGAGCAAAGGGAGAAGCAGGAGAGGGAGUCCAGCAGGCCGAGGGAGGAGCUGACCUGCGCAGCCGAGGACAGGGAGGAACCCCAGGAGGUGAUGGGUUCGGUACCUGACCUUUCCUCGGGUUUGGAUCACAGCCCCUCCUUGGGACCCCCAGAUGACCUGUCUUACCCGCCCACCGCCUCGGCUGAGUCCCCUCUAAGUACCCAAGACUGA